CAACUUCUUAUUUGUUAUUUAGAAUAGUGAAAUCUGUAUGCUCUUCAAUAAAGUUUAUCCUCCUGUAGACGAGCGGCAUUAUUAAUGUUUUUUGUGUGUACAAAAAUAUUCUAAACCUUCAACAUUUAAGACUUUUGUUGACUAAUAGAAGAGAAGGCGGAUAGAGCUGUGCAGUGUCCGUAUCCGUAUCAUUUUUAAGUAGUAUUUGUGCUAAUAUAAAUACAAUGCGUUACGGACAACGGAAGCGAGCAAUUUCGUUUCAAAACGAAAACUAACGAGUUAUCAGAAGCACGUGAUCACAUGCUCAUCGCGCUUUAGAAAUGAUCGUUCAAAGCGAGCGGUAAAAGCUCGUAUGAGUCGUAUGCGACAAAAGGCGCGCGAGCGCAGUGCAGCCUUUGCCAGCGGAGGUUCGAUCGAGUAAGAUUCAAACAGUAGUGGCAAGACAAUCCCGCGCAACGGUCGGCUCGCGCAAGCGCGUCGCGUUCCACUCUCAUGUCCAACAUGAAUGCAAGAACUAUUGUAAUAUUGUUAUUUACUAUUUGCAAAUAUGCUGAUGCCCAGAAGCCGGUUAUCCCGGCGCCGGCGCCGGUGGAAUGCCCGUCGCUGGAAAACGGCGACAGUUACACACAGUCAGAGUUCCUGUCGCGGCUCGCGCACGAGUGCCGCUACGACCGCCUGCUGCUGCCCACAUAUCAGACGCCUACCGACGUGGUGUACGUGCACGCCAGCGCCUAUGUCUACUUCAUCCAGCCCGCGGAAGCGCAUGAUUUGAACUUCAAAUUGCAUUUCCUCCUGCAAUUAAGAUGGACCGAUGCUCGGCUUGCCUACGCUCUUUACUCCCCUGAGCGCACCAGAAUCAUCGGCGAAAACGACCUACGGCAGCGGAUAUGGGUCCCCCACCUGUACAUGUCCAACGAGCAGUCGUCCAGCCUCAUGGGGACGGACAGCAAGGAUGUGCUGAUCUCCAUAGCACCUGAUGGCGAGGUGCUGUUCAGCAGACGCAUGCAAGCCGUACUCUAUUGCUGGAUGAACCUGCAGAAGUUCCCGUUUGACGACCAAACUUGUUCGAUGAAUCUCGAAAGCUGGAAAUACAACGCAUCUAGUUUGCGCAUCAUGUGGGAAAGAGACAACCCCGUGCAUCUCUCAUCUGAGCUGCAUCUCACGGAGUACUCUCUCAUUGACUACUGGACCAAUGAAUCGGUCGUUCGAGGCGAUAUUGUAAAUAUGCGGCUGGGGGGAGGUAGAUCUGGAAACUACAGUGCCCUAAAGUUCACGUUUAAACUGGGUCGAGAAGUGGGCUACUACCUCAUGGACUACUUCAUUCCCUCCAUGAUGAUUGUCGCCAUGUCAUGGGUCACCUUCUGGUUGCAGGCUGACGCCUCUGCUCCUAGAAUAACGUUAGGCACCAGCACGAUGCUGUCGUUCAUUACGCUGGCCUCCUCACAGGCCAAAACGCUGCCAAAGGUGUCCUACAUCAAGGCCAGUGAAAUUUGGUUCUUGGGUUGCAUCGGUUUCAUCUUCUCGGCUUUAGUAGAGUUUGCAUUUGUUAACACAAUUUGGCGAAGAAAGAAAGUAGUCAACCUGAAGAAAGUGAAUAGUAAAUACAUUCUGAAGAGCACGUUAACGCCCCGGCUUGCUCGGAAGGAGCUCCAGAAAGAGCUGCAGGAGUCCUCGCCGCAGCUCACCAAAUCGCGCUCCUGCUCGUCGCUGCAGCGGGAAACCAGCGCCGACCCGGCGGGCCCUGGAUUUAAUAAUUACCUCACUGUACAUAGUUUCCCGUCCGCCCUGAACUUGCCGACGAUCACGACGCAGAGCUAUGACGAGCUGACGGGCGGCGCGCCGCCCAGCGACGGCUCCGACGAGCCCAAGCACACCUGGACCACCAUGACCCCGCAGGAGAUCGCCACGUGGAUCGACAAGCGAUCUCGGGUCCUCUUCCCCUUGCUGUUCUUAGUCUUCAAUAUUCUUUAUUGGACCUUCGUGUAUUGCCUUUGAAUACGUCGAUUAGGAAAUUUUGGAACUGGAGGUUGUAGGGUAAACUGCCAGUAUUGAUACAACCGAUUUUCGCCUUUACAGACUUAAUAUUGGAUAGUGAGUGUCACAUAAUGGUGACGAACUUUUUAAUAGAUAAGAAACGGGUUUAAACUCGAAUAUAGACACGAAAAUCAACCGAGGGGUAUUUCGCGAGAGUUCUAUCUAGUCUAGACACAUGGAAGAAAAUGAGAAAUACCCCAAAAUAACUAUUUAUGAAUGCGGGAAUAGCACGAUGCACGAUAAUGUUUAAUAGGUUACUGAUUACGAUUUACGUUAAUUGUAAAUCUAAAUCAGUAGUUUCGGUAAGAAUAUUUUGUGUUAAUGAUAUAAGAUAUUGUGAUAUGAAUGCAGCAUCGUUUAAAUGUAAUCAAAACGUCAAUAAGCAUAAACCAGAGUUUUACAUUGGUACUGGUUCCUAAAUUGAGAAGUCUAUAGAAUAAACAAAGCCGUGAAAAAAAAAGUCUUACUUAUAACGAUUCCGUGGGCUUUCGAUUCCAUUAUUAGAGUAAAAACUUUGUAUUCUCUGCUAUUAUGAGAUUGUUUAUCAUAAACUGUAAAAAAUACAAGAAAAAAAGUAUCUAAGGAGUUAAAUAUUAAUGCUAUGGCCAUAUAAUUUAUACCCAAAGAUUUGUUGUUCCUUAUGUUUCACAAAUUUAGAACCCUUGCCCAGUAGAUUAGGAUAGUUAUACAUAUUUAAUAACAUACCUAACAGGUUUUUUGUGGUUGAAUUAUAUUGCGGAAAAGGUAACAUUUCAAAUGUUAAAAAAAGUGUGAUUAAGUACCUAUAAUGUAAAAAAUUGUGAGUUUGUUCAAAGUUACCCCGCAUAUAGCUACCAAACCAUUAUUUUAUCAUAUAUUUCAAGAAUUAAGUAUUUGAAAAAGUGUUUGAUCCACUAAAGUACAAGACAAGCAUAGUUGAUUUAUCUGGGGUAAGGGAAACACUAGCGUAGUAGGAUUCCAAUUUUUGUCACAGCAUUAAAUAUCAAUUUUAAUACAUUUUUAUAGAAUUUAUGUCACUACAUUAUAAUUUUAGUUUAAAUCAAUCAUCAUAAAAUCCAUUCCAAUGUUCCUUUGCCGGGGCAAAUGUAUGGCCCGUUGCCAUAAACGACAAAUUAAGCAGGGGACUAAACGUGUUUUAACAGAAACGACUAGUCUAGAUCAUUUACCAGCCUGUAUGUGUAACUGUCAGUGUCUAUUUAGAUACACGUUUAUAUUUAGAGCGUUUCUCUUUCCCCUGACAUUAACUAUUAUAGUAUGUUAUUUAUUAAGAGUAUAUUUAUGUUCUAAGUCCGAUUUAUACAUUUGAUUGAGAUUAUUAACACCCAGUCAAUGACGUAGACGUAAGUAGUAUAUAAUAUUGUGAUCUUUAGAUAGUCAUUUAUAGCAAAGAUAUUUUGUCAUUUUAUAGUUGACGUAAGCUAUUUUAAUAAAAUUUAUUAUUAAUGUA